AUGGAAGAUAGCCAGCCCAUUAGAUUAGAUCUAGACAAGCUGAAAUGCAAGCUACUGAAAGAUACGGCAAACACCAAAACAACAGGUUCAGAAAGGACUGUCCUAGCAGCACUCUCCUCCCGCAUAAAGGACUCCCUCAGAAACAUCCCAGAGGAAAAGCGUACUGAAGUUGAAGCAUUAGUGGACACUUUCCUGCAGAAAGAAUUAGAUCCUGUCUUCCGCACAAUAGUUAAUACACACUGUGCACUAACUCCGGAAGUAGUGGAGAUCCUCACGAAAGAAGCGAUAGCAGAACUCCCCUCUGCAUUCUUGCGAGAACUCUCCAUCCUAAGCACAAGAAUAGACAUCUUCAGCUUAGAGCAGAAGAUUCCAUACCAGAAAUGGUUUCAGGAAAUCACAGCCAAAGAGACAGAAGCAUUCGCCGUUCUAAGGGGAAUUUACAAGCGGAUUAUUUUCCACAGCAGGAAGAUUUUCCAGAAGGAAAUAAUAAAAAAAUUCAAGACCUCCGAGCUCGAACUCGCCUUCUUCAGAGAAACAAACAGGUCAGACGAUGUCUCUUCCGCUUUUCGGGUCCUGCUGAAGGAAGAGGAAACGACCGAAUCCAUGCUAAGGAAGACUGAGGCAAAGAAAGAAGAACUCCUUGCUAGAGAACGCACUCUGAAAGGGCUAGAAAGGGAAGGGUGCAUUUUAGGCCGAUCCCUUGAGAAGGCUCGGAGCCAUUUCUCUAAAGACACCGAUAGACCUAACGUAUAUUUUUACCUGAAAGAAAUAACGGAAAAUAACGGAAAAUGCGAACUCGCUGAUAAAGUAGUCCUUUUGGAGCGAUACGAAGCACCGGGCGGGAAUGUGCACUCUAUUGAGGAAGUAGCUGAGAAGAUAAAGUCUGCCGAGAAAGAGUGCUCGACUGAGGAAAAGCAAAGACUUGACGCUGCAAACGCAAUAAAGAAUCAGGUUGUGAGCAAGAUACGCAGCAUAUUUGAGCAUGUUGCAGCUAGCGUCUCUGAAGACUCGAUUUCUGAGAUCAAGAAGUUGAUUGUGACGGUUGAAAAGGAGAUGGAAAAUUUGCAAGGACCUGAAAAAGCGGAAAUGGAAGAGUUCAGGGACGAGCUGAGGGAGUACAUUCUUAUGAUGAGCGAGCAUUUUGCGUACUCCCUGAACUGCUUGAGCGAAAUUCUCGACUGCUUGGAUGCAGAAUAUUCGCUGGAGGAGCUGCCGGAUGCUUGCGCGAGCGAGAAGUUGGCGGAUUUCAACGAGUCUUUUAGAAAAAUACAGGAAAGAUUUCCAAAUCAGGAAAUACAUUCAGGUUACAGCAAAGUUUUUCAGGACCUGAUAAAACAUCCGGGCGUAGGAAGAGAAAAAGAGCAGAAGAUAUGCAGAAACCAGGGGGAGGCAGAGCGCUGUCUUAUAGCGCUGAGGAGGCUCGAACAAGGCGAGACCAUGGAAGGCUGGAGCACCAGGACUGCUGAAUAUGAAGUAUUUGCUGAGAGCAAUCCGGCACCUGAUACUUUUGAUUCUAUAGAAGAGAUAAGUCUUGAAAGCCUGAAGGAUCGUAUUACUCCGCGUGAAAUCAAAGCCAUGCUUCCAAACCUGAAAAUGUCCCGGGAGAUAUACAUCUACGAGCUAAAAGACGAGAACAUGGCAAACUGUAGAAGGGCGGCUUUUGAAAAAGUCCUAUUGGAAACUCAGAAAAAGAUAGACUUUCUUGAACUGAAACUUCGUUUUUCUGAGAACCUAAUCGAAGAAACACUCCGGAAAAACGAGCUUCUCCGUUAUUCUUAUCUGAAGAAGUACAAAAGCAAGUGUCUGCUGCACGUAGACAGGCUCAAGGAGAAAGCUAACGCGGACAUGGCUCUACUCGCUAAGGAAGUUAUGCGGGAAAUUGAGGAAACCCCGAAUAACCCAGAACUCAAUGAAAAAGUGAAAAGCAUGCUUGAAGAAACAGCCCAGAAGGAGCCGCAUCGCCUGCUAACUCCAAGAUUUAUCGUUGAAAACAAACACUUUGCGGAGGAACUGCCACGUGUGAUAGUUCAGCUCGAUAAGAAGAUAGCCGAAACUUUGGAGGGAAGUUCGAAUGGAAAAUCCAAGUACCAUCUUACGCUUCAAAGUUCGAUCCUUGCGCUUUUCUUCGUGUUUAUGCUCCUGUCUCUGGGGCUGGUGUGCAGUUCAGAGUUCGCGUGA